ACAAAGGGGACAAUGAGCGUCGUCCCGGGCUGCCGCUCGCUUUAGGGGAGAGCGGUGGGGGGGAAAAGCUCUUUAAAGCACGAUACAGGUGAGACAACAAAGGUCCUGCGGGUGCGCGGGCUGGCGAGGCUGUUUGUUUACCCGGGGAGGUGGCCCGGGGCUCGCCCGCCUUUGUCGCCCGCCGGGCGCGGGGAGCGCACGGACUACAUGGCCCAGCGUGCCCCGCUGCGCGGAUCAAUGGGGCUGAUUUGAAUAAUCUGUGAGCCCUUGGACUCAGGCCAAUCAGCCGUCAGGGACCCAUGAUAAAUCGCAAUGCAUUAUUGAUAAUCAUAAUUACUCUGACAUGCGCAUUCCGCCCCAAAUUUCCCAACUCUAGGAAUUUGUUGUGAAGAGGAAAAUAAUUGCUACUAUUGCACGCUCCCGAUGCUGGUGCACCAUGUCGCGACGGAAGCAGGCGAAGCCCCAGCACAUCAACUCCGAGGAGCAGCCCCCAGAUGCUGCAAGUGGGAGUCCACAAGACGUCCCAGGUGAUAGAGAUGGUGAAAUGAGUUCCAAAAGGUGCCGCACGGAGGAAACCAAAAUCUGUGAGAAAUGCUGUGCAGAAUUCUUUGUUCUGUCUGAAUUCCUUGAGCAUAAGAAAAAUUGCACUAAAAAUCCACCUGUUCUAAUCAUGAAUGACAGUGAGGGGACAGUCCCCCCUGAGAGCUUCUCCGAGGCUUCUCUGGGGCCCUUCCCGAGCGAGCGAAUGGACGGCAGGACACGCAAGGACGUUCAGGGCAAGGGCUGCACCCCCUCUGCGGAAAAGAGAGAAGGAAAAAUGGAUGCUGAGCCUGUAGGAGGAAUGUACCUUAAAAUAGAACCCCCCCUGGCUGCUGCAGCUCCCGGCCUGAGCUAUCUACCAAAACCCAAAGUACCGAACACUAACGUGACUCUGCAGACCAUCCGUGGCACCAAAGUGGCCGUGAACCAGCGCACGUCCGACGCCAUCUCCUCCUCGGCGGCCGGGUUCAACGCCAUCCCCAUGAUCCUGGAGCAGCUGGUGUGCCUGCAGCAGCAGCAGCUCCAGCAGAUCCAGCUGACGGAGCAGAUCCGCAUCCAGAUCGCCAUGAUGGCUCCCCACGCCCUGCACCCGUCGCUGGCAGCCGCCGCCGACCCGCUCAAAGCCCUGGGCGCGCACAUGUCCCAGCAGCUCUCGGCUGCCGUGGCCCUGAUCGGGCAGAAGGCCGGGAGCCAGAGCCUAUCGCUGGAAUCCUUGAAGCAAGGAAAACUACCUCAUUCUAACACUGGCAUGGCAGCCGCCAGCUCGCUGGCUGCUGGGCUCUCCUCCUCCUUCCCCCUGAAGCCAGACGGGAGCCGAGGCCUCCCCGGCUCCAUCUCUCAGUUCCCAAAUCCUUUGCUACCUCAGUCCUCCGGCUCGGUCAUCUUCCAGAACCCGCUGUCGGUCUCGUCCGUGAUGGAUUCCUCCAAGAAGGGGAAGGGGAAACCCCCCAACAUCAGCGUGUCUGAGAGCAAGCCGAGCGCGGAGGAGCCCUUCUUCAAACACAAGUGUAAGUUCUGUGGGAAGGUCUUUGGCAACGACAGCGCCCUGCAGAUCCACCUCCGCUCCCACACCGGGGAGCGCCCCUAUAAAUGCAACAUCUGUGGGAACCGCUUCACGACCAAAGGAAACCUCAAAGUGCAUUUUCAGCGUCACAAAGACAAGUACCCCCACAUAAAGAUGAAUCCUUACCCAGUUCCUGAGCACCUGGACAAUGUUCCUACCAGCACUGGAAUCCCGUACGGGAUGUCUGUGCCACUGGAUGAGUCCAACCUGAUUGUGGACAGCAAACCUCUCCUAACAACUCUGCCUACCUCUGCGGCCAGCGGCGCACCUCAGAGCAUCUCCAGCCUGGCAGGCAUCAAGGAGCCUCUGCCUGGCACCUUCUCAAGUGAGCUGCAGUCCAGGCCCUCUCCCGAAAGCGAGGGUGGCUCCUCCUCAUCCGGGGCCAUCGGUCACGAGUCGGGACCGGAGCAGAGCCUGAGCUCACCACAAGCUGCCGGCAGCGUGAGCAUCUUCCACGUAAGUGGGUCAAGCGAGCAAGGCUCGGAGACAUCAAAGCUGCAGCAGCUGGUUGAAAACAUCGACAAGUCCACUGCGGACCCCAACGAGUGCCUGAUCUGCCACAGGGUGCUGAGCUGCCAGAGCUCGCUCAAAAUGCAUUACCGCACCCACACCGGGGAGAGGCCGUUCAAGUGCAAGAUCUGCGGCCGCGCCUUCUCCACCAAAGGGAACCUCAAAACUCACUACGGUGUCCACCGGGCCAACACCCCCUUGAAGAUGCAGCAUUCGUGCCCGAUUUGCCAGAAGAAGUUCACGAACGCCGUGGUGCUGCAGCAGCACAUCCGCAUGCACAUGGGCGGGCAGAUCCCCAACACGCCGCUGCCGGAGCCGCCCUGCGACGGCGCCGAGCCCGAGCCUGCCCUGCCCGAGAAGAACGGAGACCUCGGCCGCCCGGAGGAGAUGGUGGAAAGCAUCGACAUGAUGGAGGAUGACCUGGACUCUCAGGACGGCCCCAGGAGCUCUUCCAAACCUCCCACUCUGUUUGACGCGCAAUCGGAGUCGCCUGCCGCGGCCGCCGGCUUCUCCGGGGUUACGGCGCUGGAGAGCCAGGUGAAGAUUGUCGCCUCCUCCCUGAGCCUGCAGCGGCAGAGCAGCCUGAAAUCCAGCGACAACGGCUCGGCAGAGAGCGAUGGGCUGACCAACGACUCGUCCUCGCUGGCGGGAGAUGCUGACUACCAGAACGGCCGGAGCCCCGCCGCCUCCGAGGCCGCGUCCCUGCAGGCGCCGUCCCCGGCCAACAGCCAGGCCGAGAGCGUGCGCUCCAAGUCCCCUGCCUGCAGCAGCCAGGAGGAUUCAGGCACGGGGAGUAAAUCAGAGGGCCCCGAGAACGCACCUGCAGAGGUGGAAGGGGUUGUCGGAGCUCUGGAUUUAACGUACGGCAACAUCGGUCGGAAGGUCAUUAAAGAAGAGCCUGGGCUCCACUUUGCAAAUGGGGAGUAUGGUCGCAGCAGCAUUCCGGCUGCCUUUGUCAGAGCCCCGCCAGCCCUGAUCAAGAUGGAGCUGCCCAGCGAUCGUCCCCUCGGCACCGGCCACUUCAUUGGCCCCCCAGCUCUGUCCCCUGGGGUCACCCCCCUGCUGGUGCCACGGCCCAAGUUCUGCCGUCCUGCCAAACAGCACAUCUGCACUACCUGUGGCAAGAACUUCUCCUCUGCCAGCGCCCUGCAGAUCCACGAGCGCACCCACACCGGGGAGAAGCCCUUUGCCUGCACCAUCUGUGGGAGAGCCUUCACCACCAAAGGAAACCUGAAGGUCCACGUGGGAACCCACAUGUGGAACAACUCGGCCAGGCGGGGCAGGCGCCUGUCCAUCGAUAACCCCAUGGCCCUGCUGGGCAGUGACCCCAAGAAGGUGUCAGAGAUGUUCCCCAAGGAGGUGGUGGCGCCCUCGGUGAGCCUGGACCCGGCCGUGUGGAGCCAGUACGCGGCCGUGCUCAGCAACGGGCUGGCCGUGAAGAACAACGAGAUCUCGGUGAUCCAGAGCGGGGCCCUGCCCGGGGGAGCAGCCCUGAACUCUGCCCCAGCCCCCAAGGGCGACGCAGCCCAGCCCGGCCCUGCCUCUGACACGGAGAAGGCUGCUGGUGCUGCUGCAGACACUGUGCCAAAACACCAGUUCCCCCUCUUCCUGGAGGAGAACAAAAUCGCCGUCAGCUAAAGACUCUGACCUACACAAAGAACAAAUAUAUAUCUAGACACAAACGUAUAUUUUUAAGAGAUUUCCACUUCGGCCUCCUAUUUUCCUAUUGACGUGCAAAUGAUUUUAUGGUUGUCUUUGUAAGAGUUGCCCAGAGUACAAUCAUGAUAUUGCUUUGCAAAUAGUAAUUAAUAAAGAAUAGGAUUUCCUUCUAUUUGGAAAGAUGCGGGUCUUGCAAAGUAGUUCUUGCGUGUGACUUUAAUGUGUACAAGCCUUACAGAAGUUUCUGCAACUUGAAAUUCCAAAGGUUAGAAUAUUUACCUCUUUGUUUAGAGUGAUAAUGGGGGUUUUGAAUAUAGUGGAAACAACCUACUGUUGAUGGAAAAGCUUCUAUUUACUGAUGAGAAAUGGAAACUAUUAAUGCGGGUAAAUAUCUUAGAAUGUCUGCCACCCUCUUAGAGUUUUUCUGUUUGGAUUUUUGGCUCUGCGUGGUUUCUGAAUGUAC